AUGUCUUCAAUCAAAUCCGUCGCCGUCAUUGGACUUGGUCCAGCAGGAGCCAUUUCACUUGAUGCUCUAGCUCAGGAAAAGGCCUUCGAUACUAUUCGCGCCUUCGAGAGGAGAGAUAGAGCAGGAGGCUGUUGGAUCGAAGACCCCGAAGACAAUAUUCAACAGUUACCGGAUCUCAAGAAGAUUGCGGAGAGAUCGCCCGAUGAGACUCUUCCAAUACCGGCGCAUAUUCCGGCUACUCUUCCUCACAAUACACAAUACCGCUUCUCCGACACGACUGUAUAUCCAACCCUCGAAACUAACAUUGAUGCUGAGGCUAUGGCAUUUUCCCAGGAACCAUUCCCUCAAACGCGAACGUCUGCAAAUAUAGAGAAACAUGGUGAAGAUUCUCCGUUCCGACACUGGAAGGUUGUCGAACGCUAUAUACAAGAUCUCGUGAAUAGACGAGGGUAUGAGAAAUUAGUCAGUUACAAUACAACAGUGGAACUUGCAUCCAAGAAUCCAGCAAGCAAUAAAUGGAUUUUGACUCUAAGAAAGCCAGUCAAUGAUGGCCAUGAAGACUAUUGGUGGCAAGAAUCCUUCGACAGCUUGAUAGUUGCUAAUGGCCACUACACUGUACCCUUCAUUCCUUACACGCCUGGGCUUCAGGAACUUGCAGUCAAUUUUCCUGGAAUACUGCAACAUAGCAAAGCCUAUCGUAAACCUGAAACUUACCGAAAUAAAAGAGUUGUUAUCGUCGGGGCGAGCAUCUCUGGGCCAGAUAUAUCAUUCACUUUAGCUGAUUUUGCCGAAACACCAGUGCAUUCUGUUGUCCGUGGAAGAUACCAUCCCUAUUUCUUCGAUUAUGCAUUUCAGCAUCCAAAUAUUCAGAGGCACGCUGCAAUCUCACACAUUACUUCUAACCGAGAGGAGGGCACUCGGGCGGUUCAUUUCGAGGAUGGUACAACCGUUGAAGACUUUGACUACAUUAUUUUUGCAACUGGCUAUAGUUGGACGCUUCCGUUUCUACCAGACGUUGCCAAGACGAUUCGUAAUAAUCGCUUGCCAAACUUGUAUCAGCACAUAUUCUUAAGAGAUGAGCCAACCCUCUGCUUCGUCGGCGCUAUAGCAGCAGGUUUCACAUUCAAAGUCUUUGAAUGGCAAGCUGUUCUUGCUGCAAGAUACUUAGCAGGUCGCGUGGAGCUACCACCUGUCAGUGAACAGAUUAAAUGGGAAGAAGACCGAAUCGCGGAGAAGGGAGAUGGUGUACCUUUUACAGCUCUUUAUCCAAAAUUUGAAGAGUACUUUGAGGAGGUGAGGCAACUAGCUGGUGACCCCGUUGAUGGGAAAGGUAGAGCUCUACCAAAGUUCGAGAAGAAGUGGCGUGAGGAUUUUGAUAACGCCCAUCUGAAGCGGAUUGCGAUGUGGAAAAGAAUCAAUGAGGUGGCGCGGAAACGGGCUGCAAGUCAAAACGGUAUUAUCUAUGGAGAACCACCUUCAGUUCAGGUUUGA